CGUUCUUCUGCUCCGCAAAGCCGUGGGGGUCCCCUCGGAGUCUCACACGUUGUCCAGCCGCCGGGCCGCCGCACAGUUACGAUGCCGCGUGGAAGCCGAAGCCGCACCUCCCGGGUGGCCCCUCCGGCCAGCCGGGCACCUCAGAUGAGAGCUGUGCCCAGGCCAGCACCAGCACCUCAGCCACCAGCAGCGGCUCCACCAUCGGCUGUUGGCUCACCUGCUGCUGCACCCCGGCAGCCAGGUCUGAUGGCCCAGAUGGCAACCACUGCUGCUGGCGUGGCUGUGGGCUCUGCUGUCGGCCACACGCUAGGUCAUGCCAUCACUGGGGGCUUCAGUGGAGGAAGUAAUGCUGAGCCCACAAGGCCUGACAUCACUUACCAGGAACCUCAGGGAACCCAGCCGGCAUACCAGCAGCAGCAGCAGUUUGGCCCGUGCCACUACGAAAUGAAACAGUUUUUGGAGUGUGCCCAGAACCAGAGUGACCUUAAGCUUUGUGAGGGUUUCAGCGAGGUUCUGAAACAGUGCAGAUUUGCAAAUGGAUUAGCCUAAUCAAGAAGUUCAGAUUGAAGACAUGGAAAAUCGUCUCUCAUGACCAAGUUAGUUUAGCAUAAAAAUAUAAUUAAUAGUGAAGAUAUAAAGUGUAAAACCAUCAGUUAAAUCUCUCCUCUAUGAUUAAUAGUUUCCUUGCAUCGGAAUUGCAGUGGAAGAGGGUGUUCUUCCUGUAUAGAAGUUCAUUGAGAUGGUAUUGAGUUUGGGGCUGGGCCGAUGUUUGUGUGGCCUCCUUAAACCAGCUUCUUUGAUGUUAUUGUUUGUGAAUUAAUUAGAAUAAAGUGAUUUUCUUCCAAAAUGUGGUGUA